AUGUCUUUCCCGUACAAGAGUGUUCUUAUCGUUGGCGCCACCUCCGGCAUCGGGGCCGGCAUGGCCGACAAGCUUGUCGGCGUGGGCGCAAAGGUGAUCGCCGUCGGCCGCCGCCAGGACAGGCUGGACAGCUUCGUCGAGAAGCACGGCGACCCCAGCAAGGCGGCCGCCAUCAGGUUCGAUGUCACAGACACCGAGGGCAUGGAUGCGUUUGUCCAAAGGGUCCUCACCGAGCACCCGGACCUGGACUGCGUGUUCCUCAACUCGGGCGUCCAGAGCAUGACCCGGCUGUCGCGGCCGGCCGAGUUCGACCUGGCCGCGUUCCACAACGAGAUCAACGUCAACUUCUCCAGCCUCGUCAACCUCAUGAUCAAGUUCCUCCCUCACCUGCAGGCCAAAACGACACCCACGGGCCUAAUCGUGACCGGCACCCACCUCGGCGUCGUGCCGGCCGUCACCCUCGCUGCUUACUCGGCUUCCAAGGCCGCCCUGACUUCCUUUGUGGAUUGCCUCCGCGAGCAGAACCUCCACAAGCCCACCAAGAUUGUUGAGAUCUACCCCCCAGUUGUGCAAAGUGAGCUUCACGACUAUGCAGGACCGCGUGGCCGCACGUACGGCAUGCCGCUGGACGAGUUCACCGAGCGGGCGUAUGCUGAGCUGCUUACGGGGGAUGAGCUGAUUGUGAUUGACUCCAUUGCCAUUGAGCCCCGGGAGACGUACAUGAAGCUGGUAGAGGAGCGACGGAGGAUUUUCACCAAGCUCUCGGGUGUCAUGCUUAAGCAUUUUGAACUUUGA